UAAAGCAGAAGUUUGAAGAUCUAUCGGAUCUGAAUAUAAGCAGAACGGGCCCCAACGAAAUGCAGUAUCUCAACUAUGACUUUGGGGGUCAUCAUCUCCCUCAUAUGGACUUGUUAAAUAUCUCCAUGAACGACCGCAUGGCCACUAUUUUAAUUUACCUCAAUGAUGUGACUCGGGGUGGUGGCACAAUCUUUCCCCGUGCAAAACAAGCGGUACAUCCGGAGAAGGGCAAAUUGAUCUUGUGGUACAAUAUGAAUUCUAAUCUCGAUUUCGAGAUAAACAGUCUUCAUGGUGCUUGCCCCGUUCUGAUCGGCCGAAAGAUUGGUAAUGACAAAUGAUAAUAACAUUUGGAA